GUGUAUUACUUUGUACUGUACAAAAAAAAAGUAUUAUUUGUGCAAGCUGUAAAAUUUUGACAUAUGGCGGCUUUGUAGAAAUGCAACUAACUUCACAGUAAAUGACUAGUGAAAAGUAUUGUCGUUUAUGAAUUGCAUUUUGUAUAAAAUAUUAAAUAGAAAAUAUUUAGGGUACGCAAAUUAAAUCCAAAGCCUUAAAAAUAUGGGUCAAAACCAAUCGGCGCAGGGCGGCUCUGGGGAUAAAAAAGAUGAUAAAGAUAAGAAAAAGAAAUAUGAACCACCAAUUCCAACACGCGUGGGUAAGAAAAAAAGGCGUGCAAAGGGACCAGAUGCUGCUAUGAAACUGCCUCAAGUAACACCCCAUACGCGUUGUCGUUUAAAAUUACUCAAACUAGAACGAAUCAAGGAUUACUUAACACUGGAAGAUGAGUUUAUUAGGAAUCAGGAACGUCUGAAACCCCAAGAUGAGAAAAACGAGGAAGAACGUUCUAAGGUCGAUGAUUUACGGGGUACACCGAUGUCGGUUGGCAAUUUAGAGGAAAUUAUAGAUGACAAUCAUGCAAUUGUGUCAACAUCUGUAGGGUCGGAGCAUUAUGUGAGCAUACUUUCAUUUGUUGAUAAAGAUCAACUAGAACCAGGCUGUUCAGUACUAUUAAAUCAUAAAGUGCAUGCUGUUGUUGGUGUAUUGAGUGACGAUACUGAUCCCAUGGUAACUGUAAUGAAGCUGGAAAAGGCACCACAAGAAACUUACGCAGAUAUUGGUGGUUUAGAUACACAAAUUCAGGAAAUAAAAGAAUCAGUUGAACUGCCAUUAACACAUCCAGAAUACUAUGAAGAAAUGGGUAUUAAACCACCAAAGGGUGUUAUUCUAUAUGGUCCACCUGGCACGGGAAAAACAUUAUUAGCUAAAGCAGUCGCCAACCAAACUUCUGCCACAUUUUUACGUGUUGUUGGUUCGGAAUUGAUACAAAAGUAUUUAGGCGAUGGUCCAAAAUUGGUACGCGAGCUAUUUCGUGUAGCAGAGGAGCAUGCGCCUUCCAUUGUUUUCAUUGAUGAAAUCGAUGCGGUAGGAACAAAGCGAUAUGACUCGAAUUCAGGCGGUGAACGAGAAAUUCAACGUACUAUGUUGGAAUUACUAAAUCAAUUGGAUGGUUUCGAUUCACGCGGUGAUGUGAAGGUCAUUAUGGCAACAAAUCGAAUUGAAACACUGGAUCCUGCACUGAUACGUCCCGGUCGUAUUGAUCGUAAAAUAGAAUUUCCACUUCCUGAUGAAAAAACUAAACGUAGAAUAUUUACCAUACACACAUCUCGUAUGACACUUGCUGAAGAUGUUAAUCUUAGUGAAUUAAUUAUGGCUAAGGAUGAUCUUUCCGGUGCAGAUAUCAAGGCAAUUUGUACUGAAGCCGGUUUAAUGGCAUUACGCGAGCGUCGUAUGAAAGUAACAAAUGAGGAUUUCAAAAAAUCCAAGGAGAGUGUGUUGUAUCGAAAGAAAGAAGGUACACCUGAAGGUUUAUAUUUAUAAAAAAACAAAAACUAAAACAAAAAAAAUUUCGACGCAAAAGUAAUAAUUUUAAACAAAUUUAAUAAUUAUUUAAUAUAAAUUAGUUAUUUUGUGUAUACAAGAAAUUACCAUCCGCCACUAAUAAAUUUGUAGCCAAUGGCAACUUCAAUU